CUUAUAAAUAUCGAGAGAGGCUACACGAUGUCUGCUGAUUUCUGACAAGGAAAGACUUCCAAUCUCUUCUUUAGCCAUCGCUUGGUACUUCUCUCCCAGCAUCAAAUGGAGACGAAAGGCAAUUCACUACAGCAGCUGGACUUGAACAAUUCCAGUAAGCAUGCAUUAUCACCUGCAACAAAUUUAGAGACAGCUCUGAAGGACUGCUCUGCUGCCCUUGACCUUUUCCUGAACAACAGGUUUGCAGAUGCAUUGGCUCUUUUAAAACCCUGGAAGGAUCAGAGUAUGUACCAUGCAAUGGGCUACAGCAGCAUCUUGGUGAUGCAGGCAGGAAUGACCUUUGAUCCGAAGGACAUGGAUGCUGCCAUGACAUCGCUGGGAGAAUCCCUGCAGACCUGCCAGGGACUACGGAAGAAAACUGGACUAAUGGAGAGCUUGGCCAACCUGUGGUACAGACAACCAGUUGAAAAUCUGACAGAAGAAGAGAUGCACGCAGAGCUGUGCUAUGCUGAGGUUUUGCUGCAAAAGGCUGCUCUCACAUUCCUGGAUGAAAGUAUAAUUGGCUUCAUCAAAGGAGGGAUGAGAAUCCGAAACAGUUACCAGAUUUUCAAGAACUGUCAGUUGAUGGCAAUUAACACGAAAGACGAGGACAAUCAGAAGAGCACACACAUUCAUUUCAGGGGCGGGGUCAGCAUGGGCAUCGGUUCUUUUAAUCUGAUGCUGUCUCUGCUUCCAGCCAGAGUCCUCAGACUGAUGGAGUUUCUGGGCUUCUCUGGAGACAGGGAGGUUGGUUUGUCAGAGCUGAGGGAGGGAGCCGCUAGCAGCAGCCUGCGCUCCAUCCUCAGCACCCUGACUCUGCUGAUGUAUCAGCUCUACAUCACAGUGAUACUUGGUACUGGAGAUGGAAACCUCACUGAGGCUGAAUCUCUGCUGGAACCCUACAAGCAAAAGUUCCCUAAUGGAGCCCUCAUUCUUUUCUACACCGCAAGAAUUGCUGUGCUCAAAGGAAACUUCACCUUUGCCCAGGAGAAGUUCCUGGCGUGCAUCGCCUCGCAGGAAGAGUGGCGUCAGAUUCACCACCUGUGUUACUGGGAGCUGAUGUGGGCCUACUCCUUCGAACAGAAUUGGAGAGAAGCUUAUCGAUAUGCCGACCUGCUCUGCAAGGAGAGCAAGUGGUCCCAGGCCAUCUAUGUGUAUCAGAAAGCUGCCAUCUUGAGCAUGCUCCCAGAGGAAGAAGUGACUAAACUGAGAGAGAAUGUGGUGGAAUUAUUCAGGGAGGUGGAUAGUCUCAGACUGAGAAUUGCUGGGAAGUCGAUUCCAACAGAGAAGUUUGCAGCAAAGAAGGCUCAGAGAUACGCUUCCUCUAACCCUGUCAAGAUAGUCGUACCGGCGCUGGAAAUGAUGUACGUGUGGAAUGGCUUCACAGUGGUAGGCAAAAGACCGAGGCUUACUGAAGGCAUCUUGGCAACUUUGGAGAAAGCAGAGGAGCAGCUCCAAAAUGAUCCAAACCCAUCAGAGUAUCACCUGGAUGACCAGUGCGUUGUCCAGCUGUUGAAGGGUCUGUGUCUAAGAGAGCUGGGGCGUCUGGUUCAGGCUGAGAUCUGCUUCAAUCACGUCAUUUCCAGUGAAAGUAAAAUAAAGCACGACAACUAUCUGGUGCCGUUCACCAUGUAUGAGCUGGGCCUUUUGUACAAGCAGAAAGGUGACAUCAGCAAGGCCAUCACCGUGAUUGAAAAUGCCAAGACGAACUACAAAGACUACAACAUGGAGUCCAGGCUGCACUUCCGCAUCCAUGCAGCGCUCAACACCAUGGGCACCUUUGCAGCCAAACUUCCUCCUUCACGUACGUCAGCUUAAAAGGUCGGAAACUUGACAGAAAAGAGGGUAGAACCCAACACGAGGUCACGCGACUGUAUUACUGUAGUAGCUUCAGCUGGCUGCAAUGAAUUACUGUAACAUGACUUUGCUAUUUCCAUUGAAUGAUUGUAGAGCUGGUUAGAACCAGAGAGAUGUAAAUCUCAAGCGAGAAUGUUGUGGAUGAAGAGUUAAGCAGGACUUACAUUAAAUACAUUAAUCAAGUAGAAAGAAUGUUAUGGAAUUGAUUUUACUCAACACAUUAUUUCCUUUGAAAUCUGUAAAAUGACAAGUUUGUGACAGUUACUUGCUGUUAUCGACGAGAUUAAAUAUUUUAAUAUAAUAAAAAUGUUGAUGUUUGUAUAAACUUUCUCUUAGUGGAGUUCAGUCCACAGCUAACAGUGUUCUUGUAAAUAACUUUUUCUGUGUGGCAUCAGUAAAAACAAUACAACUCA